AUGCGCCACCAGGCGGUGACGCGCACGAGGAGGCGGAGGGCCGACGUCCUCCCCCCCGCCCGGCGUCCCGAAGCCCAGACGGCCAUCUUGACUCCGGGCAGGUCCCGAGUCCCGCGUCCCGGGGGCGGGGUCUGCGGCCGCGGCCCCCCGAGCACGUCCCCGGGGCCGCCGAGAGCCCGGCCGUCCGCCGGCAGCGUGGCCGGCCCCUCGGGGCUCCCGUCCGCGCCCCGGCCCGGGCCCCGCCGUGCCCGCCUCCAAGAUGGCCGUCGGGGGUGGGGGCCGGGCGGCCGGCCGGCGUCGCCCCGAGGGCUUCUGGGAGCGGCCGAGCCUAUAAAGGGGAGGCGGGCGGAGCGGGCCACGCACGAGGCGGCGGCCCCGUCCCCGAGGGUCCCCCCGGGCCCGGCCGGCCGCCUCCUGGCCGCGCUGCACCUUCUCCUGACCGUUGUGGCCGCGGGCCGGGCCCACCAGGAAGCAUUCAUCCAGUCGGAGAACAUAAUGGAAGUGCUCCGUUUUGACGAUGGCGGUCUAUUACAGACUGAUGCACCCAUUGGGCUCGGUUCAUAUCAACAGAAAAGUGUAUCCCUAUAUCGGGGAAAUUGCCGACCCAUCCGGUUUGAACCCCCAAUGUUGGACUUCCAUGAACAGCCAGUUGGGAUGCCAAAAAUGGAAAAAGUUUACCUUCAUAAUCCUAGUUCAGAAGAAACUAUUACUUUAAUAUCAAUAUCUGCGACAACAUCCCAUUUUCACGCAUCAUUUUUUCAAAAUAGGAAAAUUCCUCCAGGAGGAAACACGUCCUUUGAUGUAGUUUUCCUUGCCCGAGUAGUGGGGAAUGUAGAAAACACUCUAUUUAUUAACACAUCUAAUCAUGGGAUAUUUACUUACCAGGUAUUUGGUGUUGGAAUUCCCAACCCAUAUAGACUGCGCCCUUUUCUUGGGGCCAGAGUUCCUGUAAAUAGCAGUUUUUCUCCUAUCAUAAAUAUACACAAUCCUCACAGUGAACCUCUACAGGUAGUGGAAAUGUUCUCAAGUGGAGGGGAUCUUCACCUAGAACUCCCCACGGGGCAGCAGAGUGGCACAAGUAAACUCUGGGAAAUUCCACCCUACGAAACAAAAGGAGUGAUGAGAGCCAGCUUUUCUUCCAGAGAAGCAGACAAUCACACAGCCUUCAUCCGCAUCAAAACAAACGCUUCAGACAGUACCGAGUUCAUCAUCCUUCCCGUCGAGGUGGAAGUGACGACAGCCCCCGGGAUUUAUUCCUCAACAGAAAUGUUAGAUUUCGGAACACUGCGCAGCCAAGAUCUACCGAAAGUUUUAAAUCUGCAUCUGUUAAAUUCAGGAACAAAAGAUGUACCUAUCACAAGUGUGAGACCGACACCACAAAAUGAAGCUAUAACUGUACACUUUAAACCGAUUACAUUGCAAGCUUCAGAAAGUAAAUAUACCAAAGUUGCGAGCAUUAGCUUUGAUGCAUCAAAAGCAAAAAGACCAUCUCAAUUUUCUGGAAAAAUAACAGUUAAGGCGAAAGAGAAGAGUUACUCGAAGCUCGAAAUUCCCUAUCAGGCAGAUGUAUUAGAUGGGUAUCUGGGAUUCGAUCACGCCGCUACAUUAUUUCACAUCCAGGACAGACCCUCCAACCCUAUCGAAAGACCCAUCUACCUGACGAACACUUUCAGUUUUGCCAUCCUCAUUCAUGAUAUCUUGUUACCUGAGGAAGCCAGAAUUAUGUUCCAAGUACAGAACUUCAGCAAGCCUGUCCUAAUUCCUCCAAAUGAAUCCAGAUCGAUUUUCACUUUGUUUUUCAUCCCUUCUUCCUCCUCCAUUCACAUUGACAACAAUAUCUUACUUAUUACCAAUGCAUCAAAAUUCCACUUACCUGUACGGGCAUACACAGGCUUUUUGGAAUACUUUGUAGUUCACCCCCGAGUGGAACAGCCUUUCAUAGAUUUUGGCAUAUUGAGUGCUUCAGCAGCAAGUCAUAUUUUAUUUGCAGUCUUUAACAGCAAUCCAAUUGAGUUGGCGAUAAAAGGUUGGCAUGUUAUCGGUGACGGUUUGACAGUAGAACUCUUAGCUUCUGAGAGGGGCAACAGAACGGCAAUAGAUGCAAGAGUACCGGAACUCGUAGACGCUUCUGCUUCAGCUCAAUCAUCAGUUAUAUUAGCUUCUGGUUACUUUGCUGUGUUCAGAGUCAAAUUAAUUGCCAAAGACCUGGAAGGAAUUCAUGAUGGAGCCGUACAGAUAACAACAGAUUUUGAGAUCUUAACCAUUCCCGUGAAAGCUGUGAUCGCAGUAGGCUCAUUGAUGUGCUCUCCCAGUCUCAUCGCCCUUCCUCCAUCCUUCCCGGGAAAAGUUGUUCAUCAGAGUUUAAAUAUAAUGAGUUCCUUCUCCCAAAAGGUGAAAAUACAACGUAUCCGAUCCUUAACAGAAGAUGUGCGGUUUUACCACAAGCAAUUGAGGAGCAAUAAAGAAGAUAUAGAGCCAGGGAAAAAAUCUAAGGUGGCAAACAUUUAUUUUGAUCCUAGUUUACAGUGUGGGGAUCACUGCUACGUAGGACUGCCUUUUCUAUCCAGAUCUGAAUCUAAAGCACAGCCCGGCCGAGCUAUGCAAGAAGAUACGUGGGAUUCUGAUUGGGACUUGCAUGAAAACCUAUUCCGAGGAUGGAAAUCAGUAAAAGGAAAUGCAGGUCAUAGAUCCAGCGCUGUGUUUGAAGUGGACACGGAUCUGCAGAAAAACGUCGUAUCGAAAAUCACAGCCGAGCUGUUGUGGCCGUCUCUCCUGAGUUCUUCCCGCCUCUUGAAUUUCCCCCUCACCAACACUAACAGUUCUUCGGAAGACGAAGUGGUUAUAGAAAAUCCAGCUGACGUUCCUGUGCACGUUCAGUUCAUCCCUCUGGCUCUGUAUUCCAACCCUUCUGCCUUUGUACCCAAACUACUAGAGCGGUUUAACUUGAGUAAGAUGGCAAAUCUGGAUUUGAAAACACUAGAAUUUCAAGUCUCCCGAAACUGUAGUACACCUGGAUUUUCGCCAGGCUCCUCUCGGCACUCAAUUUUGCAUAUGGUUUUAAAACCAGGAGAAAAGAAGGCUGUCAAAGUAAAGUUUACUCCACUUCUCAACAAAACCGUUUCUUCCCUAAUCAUCAUCAGAAAUAACUUGACCGUGAUGGAUGUCCUAAUGGUACAGGGGCAAGGCGCGACCGAGAACCUGAGGGUAGCUGGAAAGGCCCCGGGGCCGGGAAGCUCUUUACGGUUUAAGAUCACAGAAGCAUCAUUGAAGGAUUGUUCAGACAAACUAAAAUUAAGAGAGCCCAAUUUCACAUUGAAAAGAACGUUUAAAGUGGAGAACGUUGGGCAGCUUCCAGUAACCGUGAAGUCUAUUGAAAUCAGUGGAUACACCUGUGAAGGAUAUGGAUUUAAAGUGGCCAACUGUCAAGAAUUUGCCCUAGAUGCCAGUGCCUCAAAAGAGAUUGUCAUCUUGUUUACACCAGACUUCACAGCCUCCAGAGUCAUCCGCGAACUCAAGUUCAUUACAGCAGGUGGCUCCGAAUUUCUGUUCGUUUUGAACGCUUCCCUUCCAUAUCAUAUGUUAGCAACCUGUGCGGAAGCCCUGCCCAGACCCAAUUGGGAGUUGGCGUUGUACAUAAUCAUCUCAGGGAUGAUGAGCAUGCUGUUUCUCUUGGUAAUUGGCUCCGCUUAUUUGGAAGCUCAAGGAAUUUGGGAGCCAUUUCGGAGGCGCCUAUCCUACGAGGCGGCAAACCCUCCAUUCGAUGUGGGAAGACCAUUUGAUCUCAGGAGAAUCGUUGGUAUUUCAUCUGACACAAACUUGAACGCCCCGGGAUCUGAGCCCAACUCCGGGUCCGGGCGAGGGAUCUGUGGAGCGGGAGUCUCCUCGGGCCGGUCCACGUCGGGAAGCCAGCGGCAGUUCAACCCGACAACACACCUGCACGGCGGGAGGAGCUCAGCCGAGGCGGAACCCACCAGAUCCAAAGUGAAUGCCAAUGCUGCCAGCAGGGCCUCCUCUCAGGCGGCCUCCAGCCAGCCCGCCGGCAGAGCCGGGGCCCAGGGCCUGGACCCCAGUCCGGCCCCCCAGAGCCACCCAGCCGGCAAAAAAUCCAAAGGAGCCAGGCAGAGCCAACCGCACGCUCCAGUGCUGCUGGAACACACCCCGUCUCCACCCCCGGGGCCCCUGCUUCAAGAGGCCCAGGUGGAACAUUCCUUGCCCCCCUCACCACCCUUGAGCCAGGCCCACCACGAAUACCCUGUCAGUGCCCGGCACAACUCGGAGGACUCGGAUUUCAACCGCAUUAAGGAGGCCAUGGACAAAGACUAUCAUCACCCCGAGCCCCCAGCCCUAGAUGUGUUUACAGAGCAACCGCCAUCUCCGGCAUCCAAAAACAAAGGGAAAGGGAAACCACUUCCACGCAAGGGCAGAGUCCAGAAGAAACAGGACGAGAAGGAAAAGGAGAAAAGAGUAAAGGGAAAACCUCAGGAGGAUGAAUCGAAAGACCCGUUGGCUGAUGAUGACAGUUCUUCAACCACUACAGAAACCUCAAAUCCUGAUACAGAACCACUUCUGAAAGAGGAUGCUGAGAAGCAGAAGGGAAAGCAAGCCAUGCCGGAAAAACUUGAAGGCGAAACGUUUCAAGUAAAGCAGAAAAGCAAAAAGCUCGUUGCCAACGUCAAGAAAGAAACCCCCAACGACAUAAAGUCCAGUUCUCUGGAACUCCCUUAUACCCCUCCAUUGGAAAGCAAACCACGCAAAAAUUUCUCAGCCAAGAUUCCACUUCAGCACGUAUUGUCGAGCGGAUCGAAAUCCCGGAAUCCCCAGAAAGCCCGAGGUCAAAAUAAAUCAUCAGUGGACAGCAGGCCGCCAGCACUUCCAAAAUUUCUUCCGAGUAGUUCUGCUCAGGAACUCGGCAAUACCAGCAGCUCAGAAGGAGAGAAGGACUCGCCCCCACCAGAGUGGGAUUCGGUGCCAAUUCCUAAUGCCGGCAGCUCUACCGAUAGCCUUUACAAACUGUCUCUGCAAACCCACAACGCAGACCUCUUCUUGAAACAACAACAAACCUCACCAACCACUGCCUCUCCAUCUCCACCCCCUGCGCCUUACCCCUUCGGACUGCGGGGGACUUACAGCAAUAUCGUCAACAGCAGCUCUGGCAACGAACCUAAAAGUAAACCACCUACUAGUAGCAAGCACAGGUUGGCGAAGGCAGCCUCUCUCCCCGGCAGAAAUGGCAAUCCGACGUUCGCUGCUGUCGCCGCAGGCUACGACAGGAGCCCAGGUGGCAGUGGACUAACAAAAAUUUCUCCAAAUAAAAACGUUCUUUCUGGCAACGUCAACAUUUCCCACCCACCCGUUGACCCCGACUGCUCAGACAGCCCUGGCCUGUGGAAUCCCAGCAACACCGCAAACAACCCUGAUUUUGCACCUCUCAACUCAUUCUCCGCUUUUGGGAAUUCCUUUAAUCUGACAGGUGAGGUGUUUAGCAAGCUGGGACUGUCCCGAUCCGCCUAUGGCCAGGACCCCCUGAGAAGCUGGAGCGAUUCUGGCGCUGGUUCGUCGUCCUACCUGUGGUCGCCAACCGCCACAGAUCCGGCCCCUUCUUGGCCUACAAGCUCAGGUGCCCCAGCCCACCCAACAUCGUUGCUCCUGGGCAGCCCCAAUGGACUCUGGGCCGCCACCACUCCGUUCGGCAGUUCCAUCUGGUCGAGUUCCCUUCCUUUCGCCACUCCGUCCAAUGCGCUGGCGGGCAUCCCCCUCAUGGGCAGUGAGAGCCAGGCGCCAGCGCCGCCCACCCCAGUGGGCGCCGACCCAGCAGACGGCCUGGGCCAGGCCUACAACCCGUGGCAGGUGUGGGGCCCCAUUGCCCGACGGAGCUCUGAUCCCUGGUCCAACCCGCCCUACACUCCGGAGAAAUAAAAAACCCGACGCCCCCGCCCCCCAAACUUCGUCAGGUCUCCCACCCCACCCUCCCACCCUCUCCCCCGCUAUUCCACCCAAAACUAUCCUCUCACCGAGUCAGGAGCACUCAAGGCUGGCAGCUGUCCCCCUUCUCAGCGGCCGACUUGGGGGCUUGGGCUGCCAGCAGUCAUUAGUUCCAGCAGUCUCUUGGUUCCCUUACCUUUGGCCCUUGUCUUCCAUUCCCUCUGGCUGUUCGCACGCAAAUUCGGCCUUCCCGACUAAAGAAAUUCGUUGGAGAUCGGAUGUCCCGGCGUAACGCCGUUUUAUUCAAUUACCAGGUUUGGUUUUUAAGAAAUCAUUUCUUUCCCAGUAUUAUGCACCAAAAUCUAAUUUAAAGAAAUAUAUGAGCACUUUUGUGCUGAGAGUAUUUUUUUAAAGCAAGGCUGUCUUUGUUUCGGAGCAGGUGACACAAAUGUGAGGCAAACUUUAAGAACAAAAUCAGACGACCGUAAAAAUAUUCUGUUGUCAAGGCGAAGUAAUACUCUGAGCUGUUUGUACUUGAGGUCAGUGGCAUUUGUAAACCUGAAUUCAUUUUAAAGUUAUUGGAAAUACAUAACCAAGUCUUGACCACAAGAUCCUUUGUGUAUUUCGUAUUAAAACACGUUUGUGUUGUACUUUGAAAUAAACAAAUGCUUUUUUUUCCAGG